GACGCGAGUCGAGUCCUGCGGAGGACGUCGUCGCAGUCCGCAGUCGCAGCGUCUAGCGCCUGCUGCCUCCGCUGCCGCCCGGAGAAGGAGACGGACCCUUCCCCGUCCUCUCUACUAGAGAGAUGUCUGCUCCAGCACAGCCACCUACACCAGGGGCCCCAGAAGGGGGUGCGCCAGGUGGGGGCCCAUCUCCCAACACAACUAGUAACAGACGGCUGCAGCAAACACAAGCACAAGUGGAGGAGGUGGUAGAUAUCAUGCGUGUGAAUGUGGACAAAGUCCUGGAAAGGGAUCAGAAGCUGUCUGAAUUGGAUGACCGUGCAGACGCCUUGCAGGCAGGAGCAUCACAAUUUGAGAGCAGUGCUGCCAAGCUAAAGAGGAAGUACUGGUGGAAAAAUUGUAAGAUGAUGAUCAUGAUGGGAGCCAUUUGUGCCAUCAUCGUGGUAAUUAUUUGCUUGGGUUUAUUGGCCUAGGCAGAAUGAUCAUAAUUGUAUCCGUUUUCUGACUGUAUCCAAGGGAUUUCCUUCUAGCUAUAAGACAGGAUGCCAAAUGACACUCCUUCUGGGCAGGUACAACAGUGACCUCUUCUCCCACCUUUUGAUAUAGUCAAGGGUCUCUCUAAGCAAAGGAGGGAGUAUAGGGCUUGGGGCUGCAUGUUCACCUUCCAUGCACCACCAUUUAUUUGCAAAAAACCCACCCUUCCCCAACCCCUACCUACUUCCAUAUUCCCUUUGUCCUGCCCCAUGGCGGGACUGAAGAGCUAGAAGGAAGCAAUGAGUGUACACUCCCAACGUCCCCCAAGAAGGUCUCCACUAUCUUCUUGGGCGCCUUCCUGUCUUGGGGGGACACCGCUGGAGAAGAAUCACCACUGUCCUCGCUGCCUCUAGAGCCAGGAACAAACCAGCCCUCUGGGCCCACUAAGACCCAGCAUCUUCAUCACUUUAAGCGCUUUCUCAAAGGAUUUUGCACUCUGGGUUUCUGUUAUGGCUAAGAGCUCCCUUCCAGUGACCAGAAUAGAUUCUCCAAAGUUGGUUCUAUUUUGGGGGUGGGUGGGGGCAGUGUCUUUCUUCCAACUUUCUCACCCCAUGACCUGAUUCUGUCUCUUUGCUAUCAUCCCCAUGCAUGGGCAAAAAUGCAGUUGUACACCCAGGAUUUUCCAGCCAAAUGAAGCAGAUUUCCCCACGUUCUCCCAUCCCUUCCGGUUUGUCAUGAGCCGUUGUGGGAUUUUUCACUGUGUCUGUUGUCCUCUCUCUGUCUUUCCUUCCCUCUUCCAAUCUCAUACUUGUAAAAAGUAAUAACAAUUGUAUUCCAAGUAAGGCAUGUAGCACAUUUACCAAUUUCGUGUAUUCUGGAAAAAAAAAAUACAAAUUCCUACCACCAACCUGACUUGGCUUCUGGGUGACUUGACCUAAAUUGGGGGUGGGAGACAACUGUGGGGCAGAUUUCUCCAUAGGAUAAAGCCCUGGUGCUUCUGUGCUGUAUAAUCUUACGAUUGAGAUUAAAGAUAUCCUUGUAUGUU